AUGGCUAAUCAAGGACCUCUCAGGUUCGUCGUUGUGGUAGGAUCGAUUGUUGUCGCCUUGGCGGCCGCAUUUUACGCCUCAUUGCUUCCCGAGCUCCCGGUGCCAUCGCAAGUAGCAAAGGCUGCCACGGCUCUGUCGAAUCUGAGCUCCAGAAUCAAGUCUUCCACCACCAAUGUGACAAUGGCUUCCAGACCGCCAGUCUAUUUCUUCAGCCAUGGAGGGCCAGAUGUCAUGUACAACACUGAGCAUGCCGUUUAUCCAGUGCUUCAGAACAUUGGGAAGGAAAUCACCCAGAAGGUCAAGCCAAAGGCUGUCGUCGUCUUCAGCGCUCAUUGGCAAGCGAAACCUGAUCUCGUCCAGGUCAACAAUGCGGUGGAGAACGACCUGAUUUACGAUUUCUACGGAUUCCCCGAUUACAUGUACGAAGCAAAAUACCCUAGCAAGGGUGACCCAGAAUUGGCAAGUCAUAUCCUAGACUUGCUCUCGUCAGCGGGCAUCAAGUCCGAAGGCGUCAAACGAGGACUGGACCAUGGAGUUUGGGCCGGGUUCCAUGUCGCAUUCGACCCGGUCGAGAACCCUCUCAACGUCCCCUUGGUCCAAGUAUCUCUCUUCAAAUCCGAGGAUCCAGACCAGCACUACCGCCUCGGGCAAGCCGUCGCUUCCCUUCGAGACGAAGGUGUCGUCAUCAUCGGCGCAGGCAUGUCUGUACACAAUCUCAGAGACAUGUGGGAUGUCAUGACUUCGGACGACCCAGCCCGUCCGCUGCCUUACGCUGUUUCUUUCGAUAACGCGUUGAAAGAUGCUGCGGAGGCGCCCGUGGAGCAAAGGCAGAUGCUGCUGGCCGCGGUGUGCGGCCGUCCUGACGCUAAGCAAGCGCACCCGUGGAUGGAUCAUCUCAUGCCUGUGCAUGUGGUUGCUGGUGCUGCUGGCCUGGACGUUGGGCAACAAAUCUGGACCUUGCAGGAAGGAAACUUUGCCUGGGCGCAAUAUCGUUUCGGGCAGGUAUCUGAUGGGGGCUCUUAG